ACUCCCAAUUCUGGGAGAAAACUAAAGGACAGCACCAAUAGCCUAUGCUGUUGGGAUGGGAUGUCCUUUGAACUCCCUGACCAAGGUCUCAAAAGGAAGAUUCUCAUGCUUCAUACUGAGGUUUUUGUUGAAUAGACUGUGACAGAAGAACGUUUUUUUCAUGGGCUGACUGUAAGAAAUAAAGUAAUAAGCCGGGGCGUUUGCCCGCAGCAAGAUGGCGGCGGUCUCAAUGUCAGUGGCGCUGAGACAGGCAUUGUUGGGGAGAAGGGCAGUGGCUACAGCUGGUUCCGUCUCUGGAGUUCCAUCCAGGUUGUUGAGCACAUCCACGUGGAAGCUGGCGCAGGACCAGCCUCAGGACACACAGCUCAUAACAGUUGAUGAAAAACUGGGUAUCACUACUUUAACUGGUGUUCCAGAAGAGCACAUCAAAACCAGAAAGGUCAGGAUCUUUGUUCCUGCUCGCAACAACAUGCAAUCUGGAGUAAACAACACAAAGAAAUGGAAGAUGGAGUUUGAUACCAGAGAGAGAUGGGAAAAUCCUUUGAUGGGUUGGGCAUCAACGGCUGAUCCCCUCUCCAACACGGUUCUAACCUUUAGUACCAAAGAAGAUGCAAUUGCCUUUGCAGAAAAAAGUGGGUGGAGCUGUGAUGUGGAAGAGAAGAAGGUUCCAAAACCCAAGUCCAAGUCGUACGCUGCAAACUUUUCUUGGAAUAAAAGAACAAGGGUGUCUACAAAAUAGGUUGGCACUGCUGCAUUUCCCCUUGACUGUGAAUAAAGUCAGCUGGGCACUAUUUAUAGUCCGUGGAUAAUGCACCUCUUAAUCUCCUAAUAAAUGUGACCUUUGAACCACAAAAAAAAAAAAAAAAGUAAUAAGCCGGGCAGUGGUGGCGCAUGCCUUUAAUCCCAGUACUCGGGAGGCAGAACCAGGUGGAUCUCUGUGGGUUUGAGGCCUGUCUGGUCUACAGAGCGAGAUCCAGGACAGGCACCAAAACUACACGGAGAAACCCUGUCUCGAAAACCAAAAAAGAAAAAAAAAAGAAAGUAAUAGCUUGAAAUAGGGCACAUAAAUACUUUAUAACUAUUAUAACACAGUAAGGUAGUAUAAAAAUAUGAGUAGCAGGAAACAUACUGAUUAAAUAUAAACAAACAACAAGCUUAAAAGCUAAAAACAUUGCCAACUUUGAUGCCUCUACCCAUGGUUUCCUUCUAAUUACUGUCCUCAUUCCCUCUACUAAAAGUAGACACUAUGUUGAAUUCUGCUUAGUAAUAUAUUGUUUAGGUUUGCAUUUUUUAAUUAUAAAAAUCAUGUCUGGUAUUUUGAGUUAUCUUUUCACUAUCAUGCACAGGUAUGGAAAUUUCAAGAUUUGAAAUUGCUAGGUUAUAGGUUUGUAAUUUAAUGUCAAUUUAUAACUUGUCUGUAUCAGCUGGUUUAUAUUCUCACCAGUGGUAUUUUUUAAUUCAUAUUGAUCUAUAUUUUCCAGCAAUAGCUCUAAUUAAAGUUCUUAAAUACUAUUAUUUUUACUGUUAAGUAAUUUCUCCUUGUGAUCUUAAUUUACAUUUUCUAAAUACUAAUAUAUUUGGCCAUUUUUCAUAUACUUUUCUCAUGAAAUGUUUAUUCAUCUCAUUUCUCAUUUUUUUCUUUAUUUAUUUUUCUUAAUAAGAUAUGUCCAUCUCUUUUAAUUGCCUCCUUUCGUAAAAUUUUAAUCUUUUCUGCACCAUCUUUGAGGCUAUCUUGCAUAUAUAGUUUUAGACUCUCAGGUACUGUAUAGAUACAGAUAUGUGUAAUAUAAAUAAGAGUGCUGAUUGUCCAUUGCAAAUUCUAGAUAAUAGGUAUUUCAAAUAUCCAUUCCCAGAUUGUGAUGUAUUUAAUGAAAUAAUUUUCUAUUUUCUUCUUUAAAUUUUAAGUUAGUACAGUCCCCCACUAUGAUUAUUUUGUCUCUCCACUAGUGUGUCCUCUCUGAGCAUUUAAAUAGAAUUUUAAAACAUGAUCAUCAAGACUAUUUAAAUUUUAUAUAUGAAUUUCCAAAAUUUAACAUUAAGAAAUGUGAAACUGUAGAAAUUUGAUAUAUCUUUUGUUGUGUUGUGGGGACGGCAGGCAUGUUUAAGUCCUAAAUUCAUUCAAUGCAUGGACUCUUAAAGUUUGACUUUCUUCUGUUUGUAUUCUUCCAUAGUGUAUAGUAGUUUAUGUUUUAUUGUUAUAUUCAUUUUAAUGUACUUGUAUUCAAAUGAA